CAUAACCCCUCCGGCACAAAAACAAGAGGACCAAAGGCGAAGCAGCUCUACCCGGUUCUCCCCUCUCUCUUCAACUGGUGACAGGACUGCCCCAAGAAAACGGGGAGGCCAUGUUUGCAGAGUUGAAGAAAGAUUGAUCAGAGUUGGAGAUUGGUGGAAAAAACCCUCAAUUCUAUUACUUCUAAGCUUUACUUCUGUUCUUGAAAGCAAUGGGACUGCAACAGGGGUUAUCAAUUUGCAUCAUUUGAUUGCAAUGGGGGCUGAUACAACUACUCAACAAUGAAUUUUGGAUUUCUGAGCAAUAUGAAUAUCCCCUGGUUCAACUCCCAAUCUAGUGAAAAUAUGGCAUCAACUGUCCUUUCAAGUGGUGUAGGUGUGAAGCCUAACAAACAAAUGGCUUCUUUUGAUAUAAAGUUCUUUGGUUGGUCUCUACUUUCACUUAUCCCUUGGACUAUCAAUAGCAAACAGAAAAUUCAAAUGCCAACUACCGUCAAUAAGGAGUUGAAAAAGCAUGCAAAACCAAACUAUGGUGCUAAAUCCUUAAACCAAUAUUCAGCUAUACGCUUCAGACCAUAUGUUUCCAAAGUCCCGUGGCAUACAGGUAUAAGAGCUAUUCUUUCUCAGCUUUUUCCACGCUAUGGGCAUUAUUGUGGACCAAAUUGGUCAAGUGGGAAAAAUGGAGGGUCACCUAUUUGGGAUAAACGGCCGAUUGAUUGGUUAGAUUUUUGCUGCUACUGUCAUGAUAUUGGAUACGACACUCACAACCAAGCUGAGCUUCUGAAGGCAGAUUUAGCAUUCCUCGAGUGUUUGGAGAAGCCUAACAUGAGUAAUAGGGGAGAUCCGUGCAUUGCUAACCUUUAUAGGACAAUGUGCAUUUCAGGUCUUAGGAGUGUACUGAUACCUUACAGACAGCACCUUUUGAAGCUCCAAGCAGGACAGUUAACUGUUAAUUUUGGAUGGCUAGAUGAUUUGAAAUUGAGAGGAUGGAACUUGCAGAAAGAUUUGAAGAGAGAUUUGUCUUUGUUUUCAAAAGGAUGGUUAAGAAAUAUGAAAUGGAAAGGCUGGAACCUGGACAAAGUCUGAAGGUGUAGAGCUGGUGGCUAUGGCUAAUGCUUCCUUCUGAAAAGACGGACUCUCCCCAGAUCAAACGAAAAUGUUAGCUUAUUUUUCUUGGAAAAAGAAGUGUGCUUAGAGUAAUAGUGAUGCUUUGACCCUCGGUAGCUAGUGGGGUCCAAAGACUGUAUAUAAGAGUCCAAAGACUCGGUAGCUAGUUUAAUGACACGACUGAAUUUCUCUGGAGGGGAAACAUUGGCAUCCCUCUUAUCUUUUUUAUUAAUUCUAGUACACCUCUAUGGUAUGAAGUGUUUAACACUUUGCGUUAAUAGCAGUUUUAUGUGCCACUUGACCCUUAUAGUGUACAAUAGUAUCCCACACU